AUGGAAGGUUUCCGUGACACGACAACGUUGUUUUGGAGCGUCGGGGAGCACGAGGAUGGGUGGUCUUUGUUCACGCUCCGUGGGAGUGGUGUAUGCUUCGGGGGCUUUUGUAGACAAAAUUCUCGAGACUUGGCACGUGCAGAAAGCGAUGGAUUUGAAAGAGAGAGAUUUUUUGAAUAA